AUGAUUGUGGAAUGUGAACCUCAAGCUUCUAUGCUUAAUGAGGACUUUAUAUGCUUCUUUCCAUUCAGCUUCAGCAUCGGUUAUGGUUAUGUAAUGAAGAGUGGAAUGAAGAGUUUUAUCAUACCAGUGUUCAAUAUGGCAAGACCAUUAGCAAAAAUAUGUGACAUCAAUGACAGCAAAGAACUUUGGAAAGUUUCUGUUUGUGUGCACCACAAAUGGACAGUUGUUUCGAACAAGAGGGAGCAUUUUGAGAUGAUUUUUGUUGAUGUAUCGGGUAGUGACAUACAUGUUGUUGUUCCUGCACCGCAUGUAUCUCUUUUUUCUGAAAAAAUGGUCUUGGAUCAUAGUUACACUGUUUCCAAUUUUAAGGUUCAGGCUAAUGUUGCGGCUUUCAGACCUUCGUCUCAUAAGUUUAUGUUGAAGUUUACUGCUGGCACUACGGUUACGGAUGAUAACAACGCUGAAAUACCUCCAAAGCCGUUGGUGUUUACUAAAUUUACUGAUAUAAUAAACGGCAACUUUAACAAGGAUGUGCUAAUAGAUGUCAUUGGUAUGGUGGAAAGUAUUGGGUAUUCACAGACCACAUCAAGUGCCCGGAAACAGCAGAUUAACAUGAUGUUGCGUGACGGGGGUGAGAAUACUAUCAAUUGCACGCUUUGGGAAUCCUAUGCUGAACAAUUCAUGAAGUUCAAGCAGGAGCGCGAAGAUGAUUCUGGUCCUAUUUUUGUCAUGAUUCAAUAUGCUAAAGUCAAGGAACAGGGUAAGUUUCCACUGUCCGUGACAAACAUGUUUAAUGUUACCGUCCUUGGUCUGAAUACUGAUUUACUGCCGAUGAAAGAGUUUAUAGAAAGUUUUCCGAAGGAUUCCAUGAUUACGUUGUCUGGCCAGGAGGGUUCCAAUUCACAGCUUUCAGCACAGAACUCUGAAAAUCAACAGAUGACUCCUGUACAGAAAUUGCUUCCAAAGGCUGUUGUAAUGCCUAUAGGGGAUAUUAUAAAACUCAGAACUAUUACAUUUUGUGCGACUGUGGGAGAAACUAAAAUGCUGGUUGCCUCUCCGCAUGGCUGGUAUUAUCGUGGUUGUCAUGCUUGCUCAUGUAUUGCGCGUGGUGACAGAGCUCCGUUUGAGUGUGAGGCUGGACAUUUCACUGAGGCAGAGAUUUUUAGAUUAACAUCCUUGUAUAAGAUUGAGAUUGAGGUUACUCAUGCCGGUAAUAGCUGUAACUUUUUAUUUUAG